UCAUUAAUCUCAUCCACACCAAACAACCGUUGUUAUUUUUUUCAAUUUUUUAUCAAUACAUUUCUCUCGCUCUAAACUGCCAAAAAAAUAAAUUUAGUGGUACUGUAUAAAAUAAACUAGUUGAUGAAGAAUCAAACAAAGCAAAUCACGGCUAUUAAAAGGGUUCAAAGGUUAGUCAUAUCUUCAGUCUUCUGCAGGGUAUUUCACUCCUUCUCUAUUCAACCAUUUCUCGAACUUCUUUCCUUUUCGGUACUUUCAGAUCGAAUAUAUUUUCUCAACCAUGGUUACCAUCAAGUGCAUCAAAGCUAGACAGAUCUAUGACAGUCGUGGGAAUCCCACUGUCGAGGCUGAUGUUCAUCUAGAUGACGGAACUUACGCCAGAGCUGCUGUUCCUAGUGGUGCAUCCACUGGAAUUUAUGAAGCUCUUGAACUCAGGGAUGGAGGUAAAGACUAUAUGGGAAAAGGUGUCCAUAAGGCUGUUCAGAAUGUGAAUGAGAUUAUUGGCCCUGCUUUGGUUGGCAAGGACCCAACUGAGCAAACUGCUAUUGACAACUUCAUGGUUCAGCAACUCGAUGGAACUGUCAAUGAGUGGGGUUGGUGCAAGCAAAAGUUGGGAGCAAAUGCUAUCUUGGCUGUUUCACUCGCUGUCUGCAAAGCUGGAGCCCAAGUCAAGAAAAUUCCUUUGUAUAAGCACAUUGCAGAGCUUGCUGGAAACAAGAAGUUGGUAUUGCCGGUUCCAGCUUUCAAUGUCAUCAAUGGAGGAUCUCAUGCAGGAAACAAGCUUGCAAUGCAAGAGUUCAUGAUUCUGCCUACUGGAGCUUCCUCAUUCAGUGAGGCAAUGAAGAUGGGCAGUGAAGUAUACCACAACUUGAAGAGUGUGAUCAAGAAGAAAUAUGGUCAAGAUGCAACCAAUGUUGGUGAUGAGGGUGGCUUUGCUCCUAACAUCCAGGAGAACAAGGAAGGUUUGGAGCUGCUAAAGACUGCCAUCGAGAAGGCUGGAUACACUGGCAAGGUUGUCAUUGGUAUGGAUGUCGCUGCAUCUGAGUUUUACAGAGAUGACAAGACUUAUGACUUAAACUUCAAGGAAGAGAACAAUGACGGAUCUCAAAAGAUCUCUGGUGAUGCUCUUAAGGAUUUGUACAAGUCUUUUGUCUCUGAGUACCCUAUUGUGUCUAUUGAGGAUCCAUUUGACCAAGAUGAUUGGGAGCACUACGGAAAGAUGACCGCUGAAAUUGGAGAGAAAGUACAAAUCGUUGGAGAUGAUCUGUUGGUCACUAACCCAAAGAGAGUUGAAAAGGCUAUCAACCAGAAAACUUGCAAUGCCCUUCUUCUCAAGGUUAACCAAAUUGGUUCUGUGACAGAAAGUAUUGAAGCCGUAAAGAUGUCCAAACGUGCUGGGUGGGGUGUGAUGGCCAGCCAUCGCAGUGGAGAAACCGAAGACACUUUCAUUGCUGAUCUUUCAGUAGGUCUUUCCACGGGUCAAAUCAAGACCGGAGCUCCAUGCAGAUCUGAGCGUCUCGCCAAAUACAACCAGCUCUUGCGUAUUGAAGAGGAGCUCGGAGCAGAUGCUGUGUAUGCUGGAGCAAACUUCCGUGUACCCGUUGAGCCUUACUAAGGAGAUAGAGAUCUUUCAAUCAGGGCUACUGAGUUAUUGAGAUAUUGGUUUUUGUGGGAAGGCUUCUAUGUAUGUCCGUCAAUGAAUAAACCAAAUGUAAUGUUGCGCAUAGACUUUUUUUUUUUUUCCAAAGUUUUGUUGAGAAAUCGAACAGUAAUAUACUCGAUGUUUUGGAAACCCAUUGGAAUGUAUUUUGACUUAAGUUAUAUGUUCUUAUGGAAUGAAUGAAUAUUAAGUUUGAGAUUUUCUUA